AUGACAUACAGCAAUCUCGCAAAUGCAGCUUCACUACUCUGGCACGCUUAUAAAUCCCUUCCAUCUCCUUGUUCAGAAGUGAAUUGGGCAGGAUUCUACGUCCUCGACCAUUCACGCCCUUCCCAACUAAUCCUCGGCCCGUUCCAAGGCAAAGUAGCCUGCCAAAUUAUCGCCUUCGGUCGCGGCGUCUGUGGCACUGCCGCCUCAACAGAAACCACCCAGUUAGUGCACAAUGUAGACGACUUCCCGGGGCAUAUAUCGUGUGAUGGGGAUAGUAAGAGCGAGAUUGUUGUGCCUAUUUUGGUCCACGGAAAAGUAGUGGGCAUUAUCGAUGUGGAUUGUUGUUAG